AUGAAGACUUCUACAGUUUUAGCUGUACUCACAUUUUAUUUUAGUUAUUACGUUAGUGGCAUACGAUAUGACAAAUUACCGCGAAUUCGUGUUGAAAAUGGUCAUUUGAAAAUUGCAGCGCCAGUAGGAAAAAAUAUAGAAUUCGAACUAUCUGAAGGCUCUUACAUACAUAUAAAUAAUAUUGAUGUGUUACCAAUUUUAAGCAAAGCCUACAAUGCUACCAAAUUGACCGAGAAUUAUGAGUAUACCUUAUCGUCAUACAAUGAUAGAUUAGAAGCAUUAGAAUCUAAAGGUGUGGAUCUUCCUCCAAUACCCAGCAACUAUACCUCACCAAAUUCUGCUCUAAUUAUUUCCACCCUUUAUGGGCUUAACACUAAAAUAAUUCAAAUAAAUCGAAAAAUUAGAAACAUAACGGCAACAUUAGCAAGAGAUGAUUGUGCAAGCAACCCCUGUAAAAAUGGUGGAACCUGCUACGAUAUGUAUGCACGGUAUUUCUGCACUUGUACUCCUGGAUGGGAGGGUAUUGAUUGCUCUCGAGAUAUUAACGAGUGUUCUAGAAUUCAAGGAACCGAUUUAGGUUGCCAGAAUGGAGGAAUUUGUCGCAAUACAAUAGGAUCCUAUACGUGUGACUGUGUUAAUGGUUUUAUCGGUCUCCAUUGCACCAGGAAAUCAGUGGAUUGUCUCACUGCUGGUUCAGAAUUGUGUGGACACGGUACAUGCGUGGCUCAAAGCAACGAAAAAGGCUACAAAUGCCUUUGUGACCCAGGUUGGACAAAAGAUUCAAAUAGCGAGGCUUGUACCACAGAUGUAAAUGAAUGCAAUCAAAAUCAUCCAAGUUGCGCUUCCGGAGUAUCCUGUAUAAACGUACCAGGAUCAUUUUAUUGUGGACCAUGCCCGACUGGUUUUACUGGAAAUGGUUAUCAUUGCACUGAUAUCAACGAAUGCGACAGAAACAAUGGCGGUUGUAGCAUGAAUCCGAUGGCUUUCUGCAUCAACACUCCAGGAUCAAGAGUGUGCGGUCCUUGUCCAGUUGGAUAUUCAGGAGACGGUGUAACUUGUUCGUAUCAAGGAGUGUGUAACGUAAAUAAUGGAGGUUGUCACCGGCUUGCUACUUGCACUGAUAAUUUAGGAACUACCCAAUGUGUAUGCCCGACCGGUUACGUGGGAAAUGGUGUUGGCCCAAAUGGUUGCGUCUUCUCGACUUCACCAAGUAAUCCUUGCUCGUCGAACCCGUGCGUGAAUGGAGCUUGCUCCUUAAACGUUUCGCAAGGGAGUUACCAAUGCAGUUGCUUCCGUCAUUGGAGAGGAAAAAAUUGCGAUGUACUGUCCGCAGAUGCGUGCACACCGAAUCCCUGCAGGAAUGAUGGUGAAUGUCAAAACGUCAACAACAGAAUCAGGUGUAAAUGCAAAGCUGGAUAUUCCGGCAGAUAUUGCACGACGCAGCUCCAAGCUUGUGGUGGAGUAUUUAAGAGCGAUAAUGGAAGCUUUAAAUAUCCUAAUGGUGAAUUCGAAGCAUAUAAUCAUCGCUCUAGUUGCGUGUGGUCAAUUUCAUUGAAUGAUACAAAGAGAGUAAUUAAAGUAAAUAUUACGAAAUUUGACAUCGAAGAUUCAGCAUCAUGCCGGAAAGAUUGGCUCGAGAUACACGAUGGUAGAAAUACAGCAGCGCCUUCUUUAGGAAGAUUUUGUGGAAACAAAAAACCUCUUAAUGGAACUUUUACUUCGGCGCAGAAUAAUCUCUACUUUUGGUUUAGAUCUGAUUCUAGAAUUAGUGGGGGAGGAUUCGAAAUUACUUGGACUUCAGAAAAAUCGAAUUGUUUUGAAUUUAUAAGCAGAUCACCGCACGGGACCAUUAAAUCACCUGGAUCACCUGGAAAUUAUCCUUUGAACAGAGACUGUUAUUGGACAUUGAGUGGUGGAUUUACUAAAAGAUUCAUGUUGUAUUUUGCAUCCCUUAAUAUCGGUGAUAACGCUGAUUGUAAUUCCGAUUACAUAAAAUUUUAUUCAUCUAUGUAUCCAUUGAACGAAGAUACUCUUUUCGAAAAAUUUUGUAACAGCUCUUCUCCUGCACCAUUCUAUUCACCUGGAUCCAGAUUGUCAAUACAUUUUCAUUCUGAUAAUAAAGAUACUUAUCCAGGAUUCCAAUUAGUCUAUACCGAAGUUGAAGGAGUACCUGGUUGUGGAGGAACAUUUACAAAGCCCCGAGGGAAAAUACAUUCGCCACACGGUGAAUCAAAUGGUAUUAUUGGCGGUUUAUCGAUAUGUGAAUAUAAAAUCCAUUUACAACCUGGUAGAAGAAUUAAAUUGAAUUUCCAGAAAUUUGAUUUGGCCGGUCUCACGUUAGGAUGCUCUGCCAAUUAUAUAGAGAUAUUCGAUGGUGAUGGUACAUCAUCCGGUCGAUACUGUGGAGCUAAUAUUCCAAGCUCAUAUACUUCACAACACAACGACUUAACGAUAAUGUCAUCUUUUGAGGGCGGAGAGCAAAAGGGUUGGGCAAUUGAAUACGUAAGCGUUUGCUCAAAGACUUUUACAAAUGAAACUGGUUCAUUUAAUAUAUCGGCAUCAGCGAUAGCAAAUGAAGAUUGUAUAUACAGAAUUGAAAGACCUCCAGGAAACAUAAUUAUGCUAGUGAUGAAAGUAAAUAUGCCUACGGCCGCUAGACGAUUUUACAUAAGAUCUUUGGGAAUGAAUAACUGUCAUUCUCGUUUUGUUGAGGUUAGAGAUGGAGAUCACGAAAACGCUACUUUAAUUAAUAGAUACUGUGGCAGAGAAACUGCCGAAAUCACUUCCACUCACAAUUUCUUAUGGAUACACGUGUUUUAUGCAAGAUUCUUAAUUGGUAGUCGUGGUACUAACUUGGUUGAAUUUGAAUAUACCUCUAUGGAUGCUGGAUGUGGCGGAAUCUUAAGAGAUAAAAUGGGAAAUAUUAAAUCGCCCACCCAUUCCGAUGGUUCAUACCUAUCGAAUUUGAACUGUAAGUGGACGAUAAUAGCGUCACCGCAAGAAGUAAUCAAAUUAACUUGGCUGACAUUUUACAUUGAAGAAAGCAACACUUGUGCCUAUGAUAACGUUCAAGUAUUUGACAACAACACGGAUUUAGGUACAGGAGUCCUUAUGGGAAAAUUUUGUGGAUUCACUUUACCUCCAACAUUACUUAGUUCUUCAAACAUUAUGACAAUCACGUUUAAAACUGAUAUCACGGUUAAUAUGGAUGGAUUUCUAGCAACUUUUGUAACAUUGCAGGAGAAAGACGUUUGCGAAGGAAAUUACUACACUCCAUCCGGUGUCAUCAAAUCGCCUAGAUAUCCGGAGCCUUAUCCAAAUAACAGAGAAUGCACGUGGACAAUAAACGUGCCACCUGGGCAACAAAUAACUUUAAAUGUGACUAACUUUGAUAUCGAAUUCUAUGCAGGAUGCAGAUAUGAUUGGCUAGAAAUACGAAACGGAGGUACUUCAUCUUCUCCUUUAAUAGGAAAAUAUUGUGGCAAAACAAUUCCAAAAAUAAUCACUUCUCAUACGAACAAAAUUUACCUGCUUUUCAAAUCUGAUUUAAGUAGAAGUGGCACAGGUUUUAGAAUUACAUGGUCGUCAGCGGCAACUGGAUGUGGUGGACUUAUGACAUCGCCCACAGGUUCUGUAAUUUCGCCGCAUUAUCCAGAGCCCUACAGUAGAAGCACUGAGUGCUUAUGGAAAGUAAUCACUAGUGCAGGGUCUCGAAUACAAGUUGUUUUCUCCGAUAUUAAUCUGGAAAAUCAUCAAAAAUGUUUAGCGGAUUACGUAGAGUUACUCGAUGGACCUAUGCUUAAUUCAAAGUCGCUGGGUAAAUUUUGCUGGGAAACACCAAACCCUAUAAAAACAUCAUCGAAUGAAUUAAUGGUCAAAUUUAGAUCUGAUGUUGCUUUUCAAGGAAGAGGGUUCCAAUUUCACUAUAUUACUGUAUGUCAUAACACGGUUAAAGGAUUCGGAGGUGUUAUCGAAAGCCCUAAUUUCCCUAACGAUUAUCCGGAAGAUCAAGACUGUUUAUGGGAAAUCGUUGUAGCGAAUAAAAAUAAAAUUAACAUCACAUUCUCACAUUUCGAUAUAGAAAGAUCGUCACCGAUAAGAAACAAUACUUGCGCUUUUGAUUAUGUGGAGAUAUACUAUGGAGUACUUGAAAAUGAUUAUGAAGAAAAAAUAACAUACAAUAAAUACGGCAGAUAUUGUGGCAAAAAUAGUCCUGGUCACUUCACUUUGGAUUCGGAUCACGCGCAAAUAAAGUUUGUAAGCGAUAAACUAUGGAUAGGAGCAGGCUUCAGAUUUGAAUGGGAAAUAUUUGGUUGUGGCGGGAUACUCAAGAGGAAAUCUGGAAUAAUUUCAUCACCAAAUUAUCCAAAUCCCUAUGAAGAAUCUACGGAAUGCGAAUGGAUGAUAGAAGUAGAUUUCGGUCAAAGUAUUCAGAUUGAAUUUCAAGAAGUGGACGUUGAAAAAGACACCUCUUGCAGCUUUGAUGCUGUAUCUGUUUAUAACGGCAUGGAUAGGUCGUAUAACCUGAUAGCAAAGCUCUGUAAACAAAAACAGAAAACAGUUAUAACUAGCACUGGAAAUUACAUGUUUAUUUUAUUUGAGUCUGAUCAAAGUUAUCAAGGCAAAGGCUUCAUAGCUAAUUAUUCUACAGUACCUACAACUUGUGGUGGCAGGAUGACUGCUGCAGAAGGAUUUAUUUAUUCACCCAAUUACCCUAAAAACUUCAAUAAGAACGAAACUUGCGAAUGGCAAAUAGAAAUUGACGAUGGACAUUCGAUAGAAUUAAUCUUCGAAGAUGUCGAUCUUUUUGAAUCAGGCAAUUGUUCCCAAAACUACGUCAAGAUUUUCGAUGGACCUUCAGCUGCAUUUCCAGUUAUAAAAACUGCUUGUGGGUCUAUAACUCCUAACGGAACAUUCAGAUCCUCAUAUAACCUCGUAUUUGUCGAAUUUAGAGCGCAUUCUUAUUUCGCAGCUAAAGGAUUUAAGCUCAAGUAUCAAAAAUCAUGCGGAUCGAAAAUUUACUCUCAAAGCAGCGGCAUACUCGAAGUAAAACAAGACGAUUUCACCGACUCAAUGACCACCUGCUCCUGGAUCAUCAAAUCCGUUGAUUAUUCCAAGCACGUGUCCUUAACAAUAUCGGAAAUAUCAACCUUAUAUUAUUGUGACGAUAGCGACGGGGCAAUUAAAAUAUAUAAUGGAGAAGCAUCCGAUUCACCAAUGAUUUCCCAAUUUUGCGGUCCAAGGGUACCCCCUACUAUUGUUAGUGAUGGCUCCGCAUUAACUAUUAAUAUCACUUCAAUCGCGUCGUUCACAGCUACUUAUACAACGCUGGAUUCUCAAUGCGGUGGAACAUUAAAAUCUUUAGCAGGAUUUUUCUCUACUCCUGGUUAUCCCCGGAAAUACGCUUCAGAUAUAGAGUGCGAAUGGACCAUUACGGUAGCUCCCGGAAAUCAUCUUACCUUGACUUUCAUUACAUUCGAAUUGUUAGAUUCGCCAAAUUGUAACACGGAUUAUUUGGAGAUAAGAUCACACAAUUCUUCAGGUAAAUUACAGGGAGUCUUCUGCGGUAAUAAAGGGCCUGAGAAUAUAACGCACGUUGGUAGUUUGUGGUUGCUGUUUAAGGGAAGUAAACCGGAAAAGGGCGACACUGAAGUGACAGCGAAAGGUUUCUAUAUAGAAUAUUAUCUAAACACCGAUAACGAGUUAAAUGGAACCCAAGGUGAAAUUUGGUCUCCUUUAUACCCUAAUACGGUUUCAGACAAUAAAAGGUUUACUUGGAGGAUAACUGUUGCGCCCAAAAAACGGAUACUACUAACAUUUAAAGAAUUCUAUUUAGAUGCUAAAGACUCACUUUAUGAAGAUGAAGACGAUUGUUACUUUGUGUUAAUGGAGAUUUUCGAUGGUGUGGAUUCUACAGCUGUACCGUUUGGAAAGUAUUGUGGUUUAGUAGCACCAGAGCCAAUCAAAUCUUCAUCAAACAUUAUAUUCAUCCAAGUAGAAUAUACCAGUUCUCGACUUGGAACCAAAUUCAGAAUUCAUUGGGAACAAGUUGACGCGCCAAGUCCAACUGGCUUAAGUGUGCAAACAAUAAAUACAAAUUGCGGCAAUACUACCAAAGGAGCGAAAGAUAUCCAUAUUCUGCACAAUUUCACGUUCACCUCUCCCGGUUUUCCUGGAGGUUACGAACAUAAUUUAAAAUGCGAAUGGAUCUUUUCCACCGUUCCCAAUAAUCACUUGUUGAUAUAUUUCUACAAAUUAGAUUUUGCUGUAAUGAAGAAUAGGUACACCGGACUGUAUUCCAGUUGCGAAGUUAACGACAGGAUAAAUAUUUAUGAGAAAAAUGUACUUGAUACCGAUUGGAGGAAAAUCCGUACUCUCUGUAAAGAGAGUGAUAUUCAACGGCCGAAUAAUCUUAUUUUUGCGACAGGUUUAACAAAAGUUGAGUUCAUUUCGACGCGAUAUUUAAACGGGACUGGUUUUAAAGCAAAAGUUACAGAAGUUUGCGGAGGAUGGCUAACCGAGCCAACUGGUAUUAUUUCGUUUGAUAACCAGUCUGCAAGGGGACUACAAUGCCAAUGGAAUAUAACUGUUAAAUCCACUCGAACGAUAGAAUUAACAUUCGAACAAAUGGACAUAAAAUACGAUCCGAAUAAAGGAUGUAAUAACUACUUAAUGAUAAGAAAUGGCAAAUUCGCGGAUUCUCCAUUAUUGGGUAUUGGUAAAUAUUGCGGCUCAACUCUACCGGAAAAAUUGAGAUCGACUGGAAAUAAUUUAUAUAUCAAAUAUAAAGGUUCAUUAAGUAACGAUGGUUUCAAAUUGAAAUAUCAAGAAGUCACAGCAGACUGCGGAGGUCGCAUAGAAUUAAGCAAAUAUAAUAAUUUUACAGAAAUAUCUUCGCCUAAUUAUCCCAACGUUCCGACACCUCACACAGAAUGCGAGUGGUUAAUUACAGCACCGUCUGGAGAAGUAUUAAGAAUUGACUUCGAGGGAAGAUUUCAUUUAACUUACAGACCCGAUUGUGAUGUAGAAUACGUUGAGUUACGAGAUGGAGGAACUGAGUAUUCCAGACUAAUAAAUAGAUACUGCAAAUCUGCUCCCAAUUCACAAUUUUCGACUGAUCACAUGUUGUAUGUUAAAUUCUUCACCGAUACAGAUGACCCCAAAACUGGAUUUAAAGCUAAAAUAUCAAUAGAUCGUUGCGGUGGUACUAUUCGAGGUAAUGCAGGAGAACUAUCUUAUGCGAAUACGGGCACCGAUCAUAUCAAUUGCACUUGGCGAAUUAUUGGAACAAUUGAUCAUUAUUUGCAAAUAAAUUUCACUAAAUUAGACACGCCAACCUGCGUUAAUGACUACGUUUUGCUUAAAAAUGGGAAAAAAGUCAUUGAAGGUCAAGGAGCUCCAAAUGACACGAUUGGCAAAUACUGUGGAAAAUCGAUUCCCCAGCCUAUUACAAGUGAAAACAACGAAGUAAUCGUCACCUUUGUGUCUUCAAGUCAGUCAAAGUUUUUUUUGCAAUUCAAAGCUAGCCAAACUAAGUGCGGUGGAACUCUCCAAGGAGAUUCAGGAGUUAUAACAUCGCCAGGUUAUCCAUUAAUGAACUAUUUAAAUAGAUACUGCGUUUGGAAAAUUGAAGUUGAAAAAGGAAGAAGAGUGACGUUAAAAUUCAAUGAUAUAGAUCUGGGGUCAAAUGUUUUGCGUUACGAAACAGCUAUAAGAGUUUUUGAUAUAAUGGAUGUACAUCGUUCGGACAAUACUAUCAUAACCCAACCGAGUGGCAAUAACACCGUUGAAUCUAGCUCUAAUAAGAUGACUAUCAUAUUUUGGUCUGCCUCAGGCUCACCACAUAGAGGAUUUAAAGCUACUUAUACUUCUAAUUUACCCUCAAUCUGUGAAGGAGAUUUCAACAAAGACAACGGUGUUAUUUCGACACCACUAUCUAGAAAUUAUGGGUAUUCUUGCGAUUGGUCACAUUCUCUGCCAAAUCUGCACUCAACUCUUGCUAUUACAAUUACUAUGAAUACAAACUUGACUGGCCAUCACAUUUGCGCCUAUUCACCGAUAUACGUUGAAAUAAGCACGAAAAAAUCCACUAAAAAGAUAGGGCAACUGUGUUCAAAAACAUCCAAGCCGGUUACUUACAGAUCUCCGUUCCCUGAAACCGAUUUAUUGGCAACGUCCAGCAGAUACUACACAACUAACUUUACUGCUACAUACGUUACUCAUGAUUGCGGAGGUAUGGUAUCGCAACAAUCUGGCACAAUCUCGAGUCCAAACUAUCCUCAUAAACCUACUAAAAGUUACGAAUGCGCUUGGGUACUCACAGCAGACGAAGGACAAGUUAUAAACAUUACCAAGUUCACCGCAAAUCUCGGCAAUGAUUGCGAAAAGAGCUUCGUUGCUAUUCAUAACGGAGAUUUGCCAACUCAUCCCAGAAUUGGAAAGUAUUGCAAUCAAAAUAAACCAGAAAUGAUUAUUUCCCAAGGAAGGAAUUUGUGGAUUGAAUAUAUGCAUGAUGCUUCAUCUUCCGCAGAAGGAUUUCAGUUACAAUAUGAAGCUAUCAGUACAGGUUGCGGUGGAAUAUUCCACGAUAAGUCUAGAAAUAUCCAAUCUCCAAAUUUCGGAUCGGGAGAAUAUCCAAAUAACGCGGAAUGCUUGUGGAUUAUCGAAUCAGAGCCAGGUUAUCACAUCCAAUUGGUUUUCGUCGAAAGAUUCCAUUUAGAGCAAAGCAACAAUUGCGAAAAUGAUUUCAUUCAGAUUUGGCAUUGGAUGAAUGACGAAUGGGUAUCGUUUGGAAAGAAAUGUGGAAGGGAAAUCCCCGCUGCUAUCGAAUCAAGUGGAGAAAAAAUGAAGAUUUUAUUCAGGAGCAACGACAAAAUCGGCGGUAGAGGUUUUAAGGCCAAAUGGAAUUGGCUAUGUGGUGGAAAAUUCAUCGCAAGUAAACAAACUCGCUAUAUCAUAAGUCCUGGUUACCCUUCAGGGUAUCCAAACAGACUUAAUUGUGAAUACACCUUGAGUACCUCCUCGCCUUCUACCGAAGCAAUAAAUAUCAAAUUUAUCGAUUUCCAACUUGAACAAGGUACACCAGAAUGCAAAUUUGAUAAUCUUACAAUCCAAGGAAACACUGGAACGACCAGAACAUCACAGUAUUCUUCAAUAUACUGUGAUGACAAAAUGCCGCCUCCGUUACGAUUAAAAGGAGUAGUUACUAUUAAAUUUAAAACUGACAUGUGGUUGAUAAAGAGAGGAUUCAAAUUCGAAUAUAGAGAUGAUAGUUGCGGUGGUGAAAUAACUAAAGAAACCAUCAUAGAAAAGCAAGUGGAUGUAUUUCCUUCAGGACUUGGAAUUUCUGGCUUACGAUACUAUCAACCAAAACUACAUUGCAUUUGGAAUAUCACAGCACCUGAAAAACAAGUAGUUAUACUUACGAUUAUUAAUUUGGAUCUCUACUUAAUAGGCCCAAUGUGUUAUAGUGAUAAUUUAGAGGUUUAUAAUAGUUUAGAUCUAAAAAAAAGUAACCGAUUGGCAAUAUUAUGUGGCAGUAUACAAGAACUGACCGAAAUUCGUUCCGAAACCGGAAAAAUGGCAGUAGUUUUUGACAGCAUGCCUAAUAGGGUUGGAGGAUUUAAAGCUUUAGUUCGAUUUUCACACGGUCCUGCAGAAGGUUGUGGAGGCUUCGUUAAUUUAACGACAACCAAAGCUAUUGACUCCCCGAAAAUAGCUAAUAGUGAUUGCGGAUGGACAAUUGUAGCAGCGAGAGAUUUUCAAAUAGAAGUAACAGUUAACAAUUUCAACAUGAAAACAACUUGUGAGGGAAAUUCGACCUGCGAUUGCAUGUUCUUGGAAGUGCGAGAUGGCGCCAGUUCUUUAUCCGAGAAAAUAGAUAAGUACUGUACUACAACAAAAGGAGUAUUUCGAAGUCGUACCUCCGGAAAUACAGCUUACGUUAGAGUGUUUAAUACAGGGGAAAAUAACGAUAUAACGUUCACGUUAGUUCCUAAGGCUUCCGCUUGUGGAGAGUCGGUAUUGAUCGCUACAAAAGAGAAGAAAUGGUUGCAUUCACCUAAUUUCCCUCUAAGUUAUCCGAGUCUCCUAAAAUGUAGUUAUGUCAUAACCGGUGGUGGAAGAUAUGAUAAAAUAGCCCUUCAUUUUGAAGCGUUUAAUUUAACAGACGAAGUAUCCACUACAGCUGAUAACGAAAAUCGAUGUCCAGGUGACUAUCUUCAAAUUUUCGAAAACCCCAACGCAAAUACAGUUAAUGGAUUGGGGUCGCAUGUUGUUUACAGUGGACAAACUAAGCACACAUCUUUGUUGUAUACUGAUCCAAAAGGACGACAUAUAUUCUGCGGGCAACGUGACAAACCAUUUGAUUAUUACUCUACCGGCAAUAUAACAAUUUCUCUAGUUUCUCGAAGCACUCUUCCAAAAGGGCAAGGAUUCAAUCUGCAAUAUUCUAUAGCAGGUUGUAAUAGAAAUUAUACCGAAACCAACGGAAGGAUUAACAAUGGCAACGACAACUCUUCGGAGUGCACGUUUUGGAUCAUUGUACCCGACAAUAGAACAAUUAGUAUCUACUUCACAUCGUUUUAUAUGUACUUCACACAAAACUGCUCUCAAAGUUAUUUAGAGGUCAGAGAUGGCUCUCCAAACGGAACUGAACUUGCAAAAAUUUGUGGAUAUCGGUUACCUGAUCCAUUGUUUUCGUUAUCUAACAAACUUUAUUUCAAAGCAGUUAACAAACGUUAUAUUGUGCGUUACGACAUACUUUACACCAGUUCCCAAAACGGCCGUGGGUGUGGAGGUGAUAUUUUCAAUAAUAAGGGAAAAAUUUACAGUCCGUUUUAUCCAAGCCCAUUCAGAAAUGAUUCUACCUGUGUUUGGAGAAUUAGAGUACCAGUCAGCCUGCAUGUUGCUCUCAAAUUUACUAUAUUUGAUAUACAAGGAACGUGCGAUCAAACAAACCUGAAAAUACAGACAGUAACUGAUAACGUCGAAAACACUGUAGAACUAUGCAAUAAUUACCGAACUGGAGCGAUUUAUAGAUCUGAUUCAUACAUUAACAUUAUAUAUAAAUCAUCGAUGCAUAAUGGAGGUUCAGGGUGGAUAGCUACUUUCCGAGCUGUCACAAAAGAUGUUACUGACAUAUCUUGA